GGAAGUGAAGAGCAACCCGGAAACGUUGCAGCGGCCCAGGCUCGGCUUUUGUGGCUGGGGGUUGUUGGCACCGUCGUCGCUCGGGCCCUCCUUGGUAGCUCUGGGGCAACGGCCCGUCGCUUCUGAGGAGAAGCCAGCCUGUCGCCGUCAUGCACGACGCCUUCGAGCCAGUGACGAUCCUGGAAAAACUGCCGCUGCAGAUCGACUGUUUGGCGGCUUGGGAAGAAUGGCUCCUAGUUGGGACUAAACAAGGACAUCUUUUACUUUACAGAAUUCGAAAAGAAACUGGCUGCAACAGGUUUGAAGUCACAUUAGAAAAAUCAAACAAGAACUUCUCCAAGAAGAUACAGCAGAUCCACGUUGUAUCCCAGUUCAAAAUUUUGGUCAGUUUAUUAGAAAAUAACAUUUAUGUUCAUGAUCUGUUGACCUUUCAACAGAUCACAACAGUUUCCAAGGCAAAAGGUGCAACUCUCUUCACUUGUGAUCUAAAGCACUCGGAUACUGGAGAAGAGGUCCUUAGAAUGUGUGUGGCAGUAAAAAAGAAGUUACAACUGUUUUAUUGGAAGGACCGAAAAUUCCAUGAAUUGCAGGGAGAUUUCAGUGUGCCAGAUGUACCUAAGUCGAUGGCAUGGUGUAAAGAUUCAAUCUGUGUUGGUUUCAAAAGGGAUUAUUAUCUAAUAAAGGUAGAUGGGAAGGGAUCGAUUAAGGAACUAUUUCCUACAGGAAAGCAGCUUGAGCCAUUAGUAGUCCCAUUGAUAGAUGGCAAAGUUGUUGUAGGCCAAGAUGAUCUAACUGUUGUGUUGAAUGAAGAAGGAGUCUGUACACAGAAAUGUGCCUUCAAUUGGACAGAUAUCCCAACAGCCAUGGAACAUCAGACUCCAUAUGUGGUCGCAGUAUUGCCAAGAUAUGUAGAGAUUCGUACGUUUGAGCCCCGUCUCCUGGUUCAGAGUAUUGAACUACAUAAGCCACGCUUCAUUACUUCUGGAGGUCCUAAUAUUGUAUAUGUGGCCAGCAAUCAUUUUGUUUGGCGCCUCAUUCCAGUUUCCAUUGCAACCCAGAUUCAGCAGCUCCUCCAAGAUAAACAGUUUGAAUUGGCUUUGCAAUUGGCGGAUAUGAAAGACGAUUCUGACAAUGAAAAACAGCAACAGAUCCAUCACAUUAAGAAUCUUUAUGCCUUCAACCUUUUCUGCCAAAAGCGCUUUGAUGAAUCAAUGCAAGUUUUUGCUAAACUUGGGACAGAUCCUACACAUGUGAUAGGUCUCUACCCUGAAUUGUUGCCCGGUGAUUACAAAAAACAGCUCCAGUAUCCAAAUGCAGUGCCAAGUCUCUCUGCAGCGGAGCUAGAAAAAGCACACCUAGCACUUAUAGAUUACCUAACUCAUAAACGAAGUCAGUUAGUGAAGAAGCUAUAUGAUUCUGACCAUCAGUCCACUACAUCUCCCCUCAUGGAGGGAACUCCUACCAUAAAAUCCAAAAAGAAAUUGAUACAGAUAAUUGAUACUACACUGUUGAAAUGCUUCCUCCAUACAAAUGUAGCCUUAGUGGCACCAUUAUUGAGACUGGAGAACAAUCAUUGCCAUAUUGAGGAAAGUGAGCAUGUGCUCAAGAAAGCUCAUAAAUACAGUGAAUUAAUCAUACUAUAUGAAAAGAAAGGUCUCCACGAAAAGGCCUUGCAGGUGCUAGUGGAUCAGUCCAAGAAAGCUAAUUCUCCUUUGAAGGGUCAUGAAAGAACUGUUCAGUAUUUACAACAUUUGGGAACAGAGAACUUGAAUUUAAUAUUUUCCUAUUCAGUUUGGGUACUUAGGGAUUUUCCUGAAGAUGGAUUAAAAAUAUUUACAGAAGAUCUUCCUGAAGUAGAAUCCCUGCCACGAAAAAAGAUUCUGAACUUCUUGUUAGAGAAUUUUAAAAACCUCGCCAUUCCUUACUUGGAGCAUGUAAUUGAUAUCUGGAAUGAGAUUGGUUCGGAGUUUCACAAUUGUCUGAUUCAGCUCUACUGUGAGAAAGUACAAGGCCUAAUGAAGGAAUAUCUCACUUCUUUCCCUCCAGAUGAAACACCAGUGCCAGCUGGAGAGGAAGAGGGGGAACUUGGAGAGUACCGAAAAAAGCUUCUUUCCUUCCUUGAGAGUUCCAAUUAUUACAAUGCUGAGCAACUCAUCAGUGACUUUCCCUUUGAUGGUCUCCUAGAAGAACGUGCACUGCUCUUGGGACGCAUGGGAAAUCACGAGCAAGCUCUAUUUAUAUAUGUUCACAUCCUAAAGGACACCAAGAUAGCUGAAAAUUACUGUCACAAACACUAUGACCGAAACAAAGAUGGCAGUAAAGAUGUAUACUUGUCUCUGCUCCGAAUGUAUCUUUCACCACCUAGUGUUCAUUGCUUGGGACCAAUCAAGAUGGAACUCUUAGAGCCACAAGCGAAUCUUCAAGCUGCAUUGCAGGUUUUGGAACUUCAUCACAGCAAAUUGGACACUACUAAAGCAAUAAAUCUCCUUCCAGCCAAUACUCAAAUUAGUGAGAUACGAAUAUUCUUGGAAAAAGUCCUUGAAGAAAAUGCCCAAAAGAAGCGAUUCAAUCAGAUACUUAAAAAGCUUCUCCAUGCUGAAUUCUUGCGAGUACAGGAAGAACGGAUUUUACAUCAGCAGGUGAAAUGCAUAAUCACAGAAGAAAAAGUUUGUGGUGUGUGUAAAAAGAAGAUUGGAAAUAGUGCCUUUGCCCGGUUUCCUAAUGCAGUUGUUGUGCAUUAUUUCUGCUCCAAAGAUGUUGGCUCAAUGGAUACCUGAAAGCAUUGCCACGUAUUACAUGAACUAGGUGGUCACAAUGUUCAUAUGGAAAGAGAAAGAACAUUUGAUAAGCAGUUUGAUAUCUCUAAAGAAUCUUCUGAGGCAUGUUGCUUGCAAACAGCUUGAGCCCUCCAUUGCUUCACUGGAUGAUUUCUAAUUUGCCCAGCGUGGACUGAACAACAACAAAAAACAGGUUUGAACGAUAGUUAGAUACACUUAGCGGCAGGUUAACCUCAUAGUACUUCAGUUUGAGGAAGAAUGCAAACUAAAUAUGUAAUAGCUUGCUGUUACACUCCAGAUUUAUAGGAAUUCCUAUUAAAAGAAAACUGAUGCUGAACAUUAAUGACAGGAGCAAAUAGCCUUUUGGGUACAAGUUAUCAUUCAGAUCCAAGGUGGGGGAAAACUCUUAUAUUUUAUCAGCGUUGUAUUAAAAUCUACUUUCAUCAGCCAUUUGGAGGCAGGUACUAUCAAAAAGGCUGUACUUUGAUUUUCUUUCCUUCUAGUAUUGGAAAAAAGUAGGUACUGAUAAGAAAACUUUGUAUCUGAAGAAAUUAUCAGCAGUAAUAGUUCCAAAGGAACUAAUCUCAUACAAUAUGAUCAGAAUUGCUAUUAUUAGUUUAAUUUUUUGAAAAUACAAAUGGGCUUACUAUUUUGCACUGUGUUUUGUCACUAACAUGAUAAACAUAAUAAAAACGGCAACAAUUUUUGAAGGAAAACUAGCACUUGCACUUUACAGAAAAGAGAAAAAAAGUGAUCUUUUGAGAUUUUAAAGAGGGCAGGUUUUCAUAUUGCUGGAACAGCUGAUCUCUAUUUAAAAAUAACAUUGUAGUGAAAUAUUUAAGCCUUUUGUGCACUUCCCCCUUCACGUAGAGCAGAUACUUAUUUAAUGUCAGUAUUUUGAGUUUCUUAUACCUGUUCAGAUUGGUGCUCUUUGGUUGCUUGAUGUACCUAAAUAACUUUUUAUGUUGGAAGAAACUGCUUACUUUUACAUACUGGAAUUUAAAUCUUUGUUGUGAAGAGGAUAAGGAUGUGAGUAUUCACAUAAAAAUAAACCCAGGAGCUAAAUGAGGAAUUACUUCAACUUAGUUUCGUGUUGUUUUAUUUUUUUGCAUUUUGUAAAUUUGAUAAUGCAAUUAAGCCUUAUGAUCUGAGCUGGCUAAAAUGUAAGGAUGGCCCAAGAAAAGUUGGUUAAGAUUUUCUUUUUAUACUAUUUGAAUUUCAGUUGUAAUAUGUGCUUGUUAUGGUUAGAAAUGAACAAUGAGAAAUUUAGAACAAAGUAAUUCUUUUCUUCACAUAGAAGAAAUACAAAGCUACUGGGUUUGCGCAUUUAUACUCAAAAACCUUUAUAAAGUAGGGCAGAUAACUCUCUUCGGAAAUUAACAGACAAAGGAAAAUUACUGCAAAACAAAUUAUGAGCUUUGCUGACCAUUCUGACACACUUUAAAAUGUGUUUGCUGCCAAGAAAAUGAUGAGCCGCAGAGGCUUCUGGUAAGUAUUUUGCUUUUCCUUCACAGCAAAGUUUUAUGUGCCUUGGUUCAACUUCCUGUAUCCUUGGAGGAAAUGUUGCUUGUGUUUUUAUUUACCCUGCUGGUAGCCGUGUAUAAGAAUAUGGGGCUCACCAAUUGUACAGCAGGUUCCUUUAAAGCAAUAAAGUUUGAUGUUUUGAGAAAUUGUCACUGCGAUCUGUUUUUCCCUGUAUUUCCUCUUUGAAAUCAAUGGUGUGUGUAAGUACUGUCCAAGAGUUUAGUGUGAAAUAAGUAUUGUGCUGAUAGUGAACUUCUAAAAAGUUCUGUUCGGGAAUGUCUCUCUUAAACUGCUGUAAAUUUUAUGAAGUUCAGUUUAACUUUAUUUGCCUUCAUUUAUGAAAUUCAGUUUAACUUGUAGUUUAUAAAGUCUUGUUCAAUUUGAUCUCAACUCUUGAUGGCAUCAUUGAAAUGCCCGGCCUUUUGUUCUCCACAAGAAUACAGAAGUGGUUUGCAGUUGUCAACUUGUGGGAUGGCUCAGUUUAAUUUAUAGCCCUGUAAGCUAUGGCAAACAGAAUAUUGUUAUACAGAUAGACACACAUAAAAUCUCUCCUUUCCAAUUAUUAACCAGACCUGAUUCUGAACCCUGAUAAGGUUAGCUAUUUAGUUUUUAUUAUCUAUAUUUUUAAGCAUGGUUUUAUUACCUUUUUAAAAAGAUGCUGUUGAUCUCAAAAAUAAAUCCUUAAAAGAAACAUUCCCUUUAUAUUUAAUAUAGAAGAGGGAGAAAGUAACAUUCUAGGCUGCCUAUUGAUCUAGUGCCAUGAUGGCGAACCUAUAGCACACGUGCCACAGGUGGCACGUGGAACCCUCUCUGUGGGCAUGUGAGCCAUCGCCCAGCUCAGCUCCACUGCACAUGCACAUGGCCAGCUGAUUUUAGGGUCUUUGCUGUGCAUGCGGGAGGCAUGAGGGGCACAUGCGAAUGCACAGGAGUAGGAGGAGCAUGGGAGGGGCUGCCCCCCCCUUGCACCCCUUUUUUGGUCAUAGGAGGCUUAAGGGAGGCCUUGUAGGCCCAAAAUAGGUCAUGAGACGGGGUCCCACAGGUGGAGUCCAGGGGUGAGCGUGCAUGCGCAGGUUGUCACACAAACAUUCGCAGGGGGCGAGGCACAUUGCAUUAUGGGCACAUGCAUCUUGUGCUUUCAGCACACGAGGACAAAAAGGUCAUCCAACACUGAUCUAGUGGAUCUGGUAAUUCAGGGGAAAAUGGGCUGACUUCUUCAGGAAAAAUACUAUGAUUUCUGUUUUCAUAUUCAGAGCAUUUAAUGUGCAUAAAUGUAGUAAAUAUGUCAUUUCUGACUGUACUGACCUUGUGUUCUAUAUCUAAUUUUUUUAAAAAAAAUGAAGAUUGGCUGUGUUUUGAGAGACUGAGCAUAUGUUGAAAGUAAAAUCAAUGAGCCAUCGUGAAACUACCAGAAAAUACAAAUCAGACCCUGCCUACACAUACCCUGUAAUGAAGUGAGCAAGUGGAAACUUUUCUUCACUUGAAAAAUGAUAUCUCGUUUUAUUAAUCAUUUUGAUUCAGGAUCACUUUAUUUUUUUUCCAGUGUUUUUCUGUUUUCCUCUGGACUAUGGGAAGCAUCUCAGUUUCUACUUACAAAUGUAUUUUUUUGGAAAAAAAAAACAGCUGAUUUAUGUUUUUCAAUCACCUCCCUAAGCUGACAAAGGGAGUUAAUUUUCAGAUUUUUAUGAUUCAUUUAGUAACCAUUUAAAGUUAUGAUUGCAUUGAAAUAGAUGACUUAAGACUAGUCCUCUUCAAUGGGAAUGCAUGUGGGCAAAGGAUUUAAAAUUUAUAUUAAUUAUAACUUAAAAGGGUUUUUAAAUAAAAUGAUAAACCAUUGGUAUUUAACAUGUGAUAAAUUGUCAAAGAUGCAUGCUAGAAAUGUAAAAGGAAUUUUCUACCAUCUUUGAGGGACUUGUGACAAAGCAAAGAUACACUGGGGAAAGGUUCAUAUUUUAAUACAGAAGAUUCUUAAA